UUGGCUGUCUGCUCCCCGGAGCCGGCUGGCGGGGGCCAGUCAGACAAUGAGGCGCUGGGAAACUCCUCUAGGGCACAGCCGCGUUCCGGGAGGGAAAGAGCCUUAGCAGCCCCCCCCCCCCCCAGCGCACACACCCACCGAGCGCCUCGGCCGGAUUUUUGUUUGUUUGUUUUUUGCCCGGGUGUAUUUCAGGCCGGUGGGGCAGCUCCCGUCUGCCUGGGCUCCCCCGAUGGUUUUGCCUCGGCUGCGGGAGAGCUUCAGAUCGCACCUCGCCCUCCUGAGCUCCCUCUGCACUAGGAUGUUGCGGCAGGUUUUGCACAGGGGGCUGAGGACGUCUUUUUCCAGACUCGGCCACUUCAUUGCCAGUCACCCGGUGUUCUUCGCCUCCGCACCUGUGCUGAUCUCGAUUUUGCUGGGCGCCAGCUUCAGCAGGUACCAGAUCGAGGACAGCGUGGAGUAUCUCCUGGCCCCCAAACACAGCCUGGCCAAGAUCGAGAGGAACCUGGUCAACAGCCUUUUCCCGGUCAACCGCUCCAAACACCGGCUCUACUCUGACCUGCAGACCCCUGGGAGGUACGGAAGGGUCAUCAUCACAUCCUUCAGGAAGGCGAACAUGCUGGACCAACAUCAUACUGAUCUGAUCUUAAAGUUGCACUCAGCUGUGACCAGGAUCCAAGUACAAAGACCUGGUUUCAAUUACACAUUUGCCCAUAUAUGUAUCCUGAAUAAUGACAAGACUUGCAUAGUGGAUGACAUAGUGCAUGUACUGGAGGAGCUAAAGUCUGCUCGAUCUUCUAAUCGAACUAAUUUUGUUAUCACAUAUCCAAUCACUCACUUAAAGGAUGGCAGGGAAGUGUAUAACGGGCACCAGCUUGGCGGGGUUACCGUGCACAGUAAAGAUCGGGUGAAGUCUGCAGAAGCCAUCCAGCUCACCUACUACCUGCAGACGAUCAACUCUCUGAAUGACAUGGUAGCAGAAAAGUGGGAAUCCAUCUUUUGUGACACUGUCGAACUUUUCCAGAAAUCCAACAGGAAAGUCAAAAUGUAUCCCUUCACUUCGUCUUCGCUGAGGGAGGAUUUCCAAAAGACAAGCAGGGUGUCAGAACGUCACCUGACCACAAGCCUGGUCCUUGUGGUCACUUUGGCCAUACUCUGCUGUUCCAUGCAGGAUUGUGUCCGCAGCAAACCUUGGCUUGGCCUUUUAGGAUUGUUAACAGUGAGCUUAGCCACUCUGACUGCAGCUGGAAUCAUCAAUCUGACUGGUGGGAAAUACAAUUCCACCUUCCUGGGAAUUCCCUUCAUCAUGUUAGGUCAUGGGUUAUAUGGGACUUUUGAAAUGUUGUCCUCCUGGAGGAAAACUAGAGAAGACCAACAUGUUAAAGAGAGAACUGCAGCUGUGUUUGCAGACUCCAUGCUCUCCUUUUCUCUCACCACUGCCAUGUACCUGGUCACUUUUGGAAUAGGUGCCAGUCCCUUCACUAACAUUGAAGCAGCAAGGAUUUUCUGCUGCAAUUCCUGUAUCGCAAUUUUCUUCAACUACCUCUACGUACUCUCCUUUUAUGGUUCCAGCCUGGUGUUUACUGGCUACAUAGAAAACAACUACCAGCAUAGUAUCUUCUGCAGAAAGGUACCAAAGCCAGAGGUAUUGCAAGAGAAGCCUGCAUGGUAUAGGUUUCUUCUGACAGCCAAAUUCAGUGAGGACACAACCGAUUCAGAGGAAACAAAUACUUAUGAAAGUCAUCUUUUGGUUUGUUUCCUCAAACGCUAUUACUGUGACUGGAUAACAAACACUUACGUCAAGCCUUUUGUAGUUCUCUUUUACCUUAUUUAUAUUUCCUUUGCCUUAAUGGGCUACCUGCAGGUCAAUGAAGGGUCAGACCUUAGUAACAUCGUAGCAACCGCGACACGAACCAUUGAAUACACUACUGCCCAGCAAAAGUAUUUCAGUAACUACAGCCCAGUCAUUGGGUUUUAUAUCUAUGAGUCAAUAGAAUAUUGGAACACAAGCGUUCAAGAAGAUGUGCUAGAGUAUACUAAAGGGUUUGUGAGGAUAUCUUGGUUUGAGAGCUAUUUAAAUUAUCUUAGGAAACUCAACAUAUCUACUGGAUUGCCCAAAAAGAAUUUUACUGACAUGUUGAGGAACUCUUUCCUGAAAGCCCCCCAGUAUGCCCAUUUUUCAGAGGAUAUCAUCUUUUCCAAGAAAUACAACAACGAAGUUGAUGUAGUAGCUUCAAGGAUGUUCUUGGUGGCUAAGACUAUGGAAACCAAGAGAGAAGAACUCUAUGAUCUCCUGGAAACCUUGAGGAAACUGUCUCUCACAUCCAAGGUAAAAUUCAUCGUUUUCAAUCCAUCAUUCGUGUACAUGGAUCGUUACGCCUCCUCGGUGGGAGCCCCCUUACAAAAUUCCUGCAUCAGUGCUUUAUUUCUGCUCUUCUUCUCGGCAUUCCUGGUGGCAGACUCUCUAAUCAAUGUCUGGCUCACUCUAACUGUUGCCUCAGUCGAAUUUGGAGUCAUAGGUUUCAUGACCUUGUGGAAAGUGGAACUGGACUGUAUUUCUGUGUUGUGCUUAAUUUAUGGGAUUAAUUAUACAAUUGACAAUUGUGCGCCACUGUUAUCAACCUUUAUCCUGGGCAAAGAUUUCACAAGAACUAAAUGGGUAAAAAAUGCCCUAGAAGUGCACGGGGUAGCUAUUUUACAGAGCUACCUCUGCUAUAUUGUUGGUCUGAUUCCUCUUGCAGCUGUGCCUUCAAAUCUGACCCGUACACUGUUCAGGUGCUUGUUUUUAAUAGCAUUAGUCACCUUCUUUCACUGCUUUGCCAUUUUACCUGUGAUACUGACUUUUGUGCCACCAUCCAAGAAAAAAAGGAAAGAGAAGAAGAAUCCUGAAAAUCGUGAGGAAAUAGUGUGUGUCGAAAUGGUGGAUAUGGAUAGUACCCGAGUGGUUGACCAAAUUACAACAGUUUGAUUUGUUUGUUUGUUGUCUUUUCACAGUAGGUCUUAU